AUGGACACCCUGCGGGAGCCCUUCCUCGGCCUCGAAGAGGGCCUGGGCCCCUCCGCCAGCCCGGGCCUGCUGUCCUCCUGGGACUGGGACCACAGAGGGGGGCCCUUCGAGCUGAGCGAGGCCUCCCCACCCCAGAGCCUGUCUCCGGCCCCGUCGCUCGAGUCCUAUUCCUCUUCCCCCCCGCCCGCUGCCCCGGGGCUGCCGCGUGGGCUGGGAGGCGCCCCGAGCGCGGGGGGCGGGGGCGGGGGCGGCGGGGUGCAGGUGGCCUACGAGAUGCUGGCCUUCCCGCCCGCCUACCUGCAGGGCGCUGCUGGCCCCAAGGCCCAGAAGGGCGCCAAGGUCAGGAUGUCGGUGCAGCGGAGACGCAAGGCCAGCGAGAGGGAGAAGCUCCGGAUGAGGACCUUGGCCGAUGCGCUGCACACCCUCCGCAACUACCUGCCGCCCGUCUACAGCCAGAGGGGCCAGCCGCUCACCAAGAUCCAGACCCUGAAGUACACGAUCAAGUACAUCGGGGAGCUCACGGACCUCCUCAACGGCGGGAGGGAGCCUCGGCCCCAGAGCGCCUGAGCCCGGCCCCCCCGGAUGCCCACCGGCCGGGGCCCCCCGCUUUAGAGACCUGGACUAGCUCGCGGACCAACAGCGCACAGUGGGGCUCUUUAUAUAUCUAUACACAUAGUAAGCGUGGGGGCUUUGGAGCCUGGAAAGUUCGAAGGGAAUUCCCACCGGACUUGUUGGAACCACCAGAACACUCAACAGCCAGAGGAGCAGGUUAUUUGGCUGCUAGUUUUUCCACGGUUUGUCGGGAGCCCAGCCCCUUGGCCAAGAGGUGGAUUACUUUGCCUUCCGCUGCCCCUCCGAGGUAUCUUAAAGGGUCAAUGAUUUGAGAUGCAUUUUGUCAAUAAUGUGAAAUUGUUACCAUUCAUCUUCUCUCCCAGUUUCCGUUUUGGGGGGCGGGGGGUGUUGCGCUUGCUCUCUGUGGCUGACGGAACCCCUGUCUUGUAGAGCCUCCAGUGUGACAGCUGGAUUCUUAUCUAGAAAGAUUUGUAUCAAGUAAAGGGCUACAGCAUUCCUGUUUUUAUUUUGUCUGUGUGCUCGUGUGUGUAUGUGUGUGUAUGUGUUUAACUAAAAUCAUGCCUUUUGUUUUGCAAGAAUCCAAAUCACAUAAAUGCAAAAGGAAUUAACAUCAUGGUUAAAUAG